CUUCUCCACUCAACCCCACCCAAAACCGUUUUGUCGUCUCAAAACCAACGCGGAUCGUCUGCGUCUCUCUCUCUCGUUUCAUUUCUCUCAGCGCUCGAGUCGCCGCCGGCUUCCGCCGCCGCCACCAUCUCCACCACCACCAGCAUCUGAAAUGGAGGCCCGCCGGCGAUCGUCGACUAAACCCGUUCAAUCUCUCAAGCCAACAAAAACAAUUCCUUUAGAAGAUCACGCCAAAGCCUCCGACGCAUUACCUCUUCCUUUGUACAUAACGAAUGCGGUGUUCUUCUCGCUCUUCUUCUCGGUGGUUUACUUUCUUCUUUCCCGUUGGCGUGAAAAGAUCCGAACCUCGACGCCACUCCACGUCGUUACCUUUUCUGAGAUCGCCGCGAUUGUCGCUUUAGUUGCCUCGUUUAUUUAUCUCUUGGGAUUCUUCGGGAUUGACUUUGUUCAAUCCUUGAUUCUCCGACCAUCAGCUGACGUUUGGAAUUCCGAGGAUGAUGAAGAGGAAAAUGAAGUUUUGCUUCGUAAAGAAGAUGCACGUAAAGUACCUUGCGGCCAAGCUCUUGACUGCUCUCUUCCUCCGCUGCCUCAUACGGCACCAAUUGUAAAUGCCCAGAAAGUGUUCGAUGAAAAGCAUGUGACCGUAACAACCGAGGAAGAUGAAGAAAUAAUUAAAUCCGUAGUGGCUGGAACAACUCCUUCAUAUUCUUUGGAAUCGAAAUUGGGUGAUUGCAAGAGAGCGGCUGCCAUCAGGCGUGAGGCGCUGCAGAGAUUAACGGGCAAGUCGUUGUCAGGAUUGCCUUUGGAUGGAUUUGAUUACGAGUCGAUUUUAGGGCAGUGUUGCGAGAUGCCGGUUGGGUACGUGCAGAUCCCAGUGGGAAUUGCUGGGCCCUUGUUGCUUAAUGGAAAAGAGUACUCUGUUCCCAUGGCAACCACGGAGGGGUGCUUGGUGGCUAGCACUAAUAGGGGUUGUAAGGCAAUUCAUUUGUCUGGUGGUGCCACGAGUGUUUUGUUGAAAGAUGGGAUGACUAGAGCUCCUGUCGUAAGAUUCGGUACCGCGAGAAGGGCAGCUGAUUUGAAGUUGUAUUUGGAGGAUCCUGACAAUUGGGAGACCUUGGCCGUUGUUUUUAACAGAUCAAGCCGAUUUGCCAGGCUUCAAGGUAUCAAAUGUGCAAUUGCUGGGAAGAACUUGUAUUUGAGAUUCACCUGCAGCACUGGUGAUGCUAUGGGGAUGAACAUGGUUUCCAAGGGAGUUCAAAACGUUUUGGAUUUCCUUCAAACUGAUUUUCCGGACAUGGAUGUCAUUGGCAUCUCUGGGAACUAUUGUUCGGACAAAAAGCCAGCUGCUGUAAAUUGGAUUGAAGGGCGAGGCAAGUCUGUUGUCUGCGAGGCUAUCAUCAAGGGUGAUGUGGUGAGGAAGGUCUUGAAGACUAGUGUGGAAUCUCUUGUGGAGCUUAACAUGCUUAAGAACCUUACUGGUUCUGCUAUGGCUGGAGCACUGGGUGGAUUUAAUGCUCAUGCGAGUAACAUUGUUACUGCAGUUUACAUGGCCACUGGCCAAGAUCCAGCUCAAAAUGUCGAGAGCUCUCAUUGCAUCACGAUGAUGGAAGCUAUUAAUGAUGGCAAGGACCUUCACGUCUCUGUCACAAUGCCUUCCAUUGAGGUUGGCACUGUUGGUGGUGGAACUCAGCUUGCAUCUCAGUCAGCCUGCUUGAACCUGCUUGGGGUCAAGGGUGCAAGCAAAGAGUCACCUGGAGCAAACUCUAGGAUGCUUGCAACCAUUGUAGCUGGUGCUGUCCUGGCCGGGGAACUAUCACUCAUGUCAGCCCUUGCAGCUGGACAACUUGUUAGGAGUCAUAUGAAAUAUAAUAGGUCGAGCAAGGAUGUCUCCAAGGCGUCGUCCUGAGAGAAUGCAUAAUGAUGAGUCUGUGUCAAGCCUCAAUUUGGUGUAAAGAUGCAAAUCUCGUGGUAUAAAUGUAACCAAGCCAAGGAGACAUCAUCUCUUUGUAAUAAGCGAAGAUCUCUUUGUAAUUUUCUUUAUUUAUUUUUGUAUUUUGUUCUUUUCUUAUUUUUUUAUAUUAAAACAAAUACAAACCAACCAAGCCAUGUACUCUGAGAAUUGUGUAAAAUGCCAGAAAUGUUAAGUCGCAUAUAUAUUUUUUUUUCUCUUCAAA